CGCGGACAGCAACAGGCUCUGACGUGUGGGAGGUUUCUUUAUUUUGUUUUGGCGUGGAGAUGUCUUUUUAUUAAAUAGAUUCUCUGCCAUUUUACAAAGUAUUUCAAAAGAUGUCCUCGCCCCUUUCGAAGCCCCAGAUUAUCGCACACAUCCAGAAGAGUCUGAACUACACGGUGUUUGACAGCAAAUGGAUUCCGUGCAGCGCCAAGUUUGUCUGCCUGGGGAACUUCGCCAGAGGAACAGGGGUGAUUCAAAUAUAUGAAGUGCAACACGGGGAGGCUCAGCUCAUAAAAGAGGUGGAGAAACCUAAACCCAUAAAGUGUGGGACGUUUGGGGCUGCCUCUCUUCAACAAAGACACAUAGCAACCGGAGAUUUUGAUGGAAAUCUCCACAUAUGGAAUCUUGAAGCACCUGAUGUGCCAGUAUACACUACAAAGGCCCAUAAAGAGAUAGUGAACAGCAUCGAUGGGGUUGGUGGCCUUGGAAUUGGUGAUGGUGCUCCUGAGAUAGUCACAGGAAGUAGAGACGGGACUGUAAAGGUGUGGGAUCCCAGGCAGAAGGAUUUACCAGUGGCCAACAUGGAGCCUGUGGGAGGAGAGACCAGGAGGGACUGCUGGACUGUUGCAUUUGGCCACGCCUUCAAUGAUCAAGACCGAUGUGUGUGUGCUGGCUAUGACAACGGCGACAUUAAACUCUUCGACUUGCGGAAUAUGUCUCUCCGAUGGGAAACCAACAUUAAAAAUGGGGUGUGCUGUGUGGAGUUUGACAGAAAGGACAUCAACAUAAACAAGCUGGUGGCCACCUCACUAGAAGGAAAAUUCCACGUCUUUGACAUGAGGACUCAGCACCCCACCAAGGGCUUCGCCUCCAUUUCCGAAAAGGCUCACAAAUCAACCAUCUGGCAGGUGAGACAUUUACCACAGAACAGAGACAUCUUUAUGACUGCAGGGGGAGCAGGCAACCUACAUCUGUGGAAGUAUGAGUAUCCUGCUCAGAGAAGCAGGAAGGACUCUGAUGGCGUGGAUGUAGGCGUAGGUGGCUCCGUCAACCUCUUACAGAACGUCACUCUGUCCACCCAGCCAAUCGCCAGCCUCGACUGGAGCCCCGACAAGCAGGGCCUAUGCCUGUGUUCGGGCUUUGACCAGUCUGUCCGCGUGCUCAUCGUCACAAAACUCAACGUGGCGUAACAAAAGGAGACUGCAGGAUGGGCCAAAGGAGUAGAUCUGUGAGGGAAAACAUCUGAAAAUUACAGCGGCUGAACUCUUUCAUCAGGCGCAAACUGUUUCCAGUGUUGGCAGUUGGAUACAUUUAGUUUGCCUUGAGUGAAAUGGGAAAAUAUUGUUUGAGUCAAGUUGUUUCGUCUGUAAAGGAAAAGCCUAAGAAUGUGUAGAGAAUAUAAUCCUGCAGUGCACAGAAGUACUAAUAUUAUCCCAUAUGAAGAAGACUUAUUAUCUAGGUUGGUUUCUGUCUGAGGCUUCCUGAAAUGCCUGUUUUUUGUCCAGCUACGCUGGUUGUAUUUUGUUAAAGUGUUUAGUUCUGACAUGACUCUGUUUUCAGAUUAAAAGCGUUGAAGGGAAAUAGA